AUGGAUAAAUUCCGCGCGCUCCUCCAGCACUUCCAGUCCAGCUCCGAGUCGGUGAUGAACGGCAUCUGUCUGCUGCUGGCCGCGGUCACAGUCAAGCUGUGCUCCUCCUUCGACUUCAACUGCCCCUGCCUGGCGCGCUGCAACGCCCUCUAUGGCCUGGGCCAGCUGCUCACGCCCCCAGCCGCCCUUUUCCUCUGCAGUCUCCUGGCCAACCGGCAGUCCGUGGUGAUGGUGGAGGAGAGGCGCCGGCCUGCGGGGCACCGAAGGAAGGACCCAGGCAUCGGCAGGUAUAUGUUCUCUGUGCUGCAGAGAACACUGGCCGCCCUUGUCUGGAUCCUGCUGGCUCUCCUCGAUGGGAAGUGCUUCGUGUGUGCCUUCAGCAGCUCCGUGGACCCCGACAAGUUUCUAGACUUUGCCAACAUGACCCCCAGCCAGGUGCAGCUCUUUCUGGCCAAGGUGCCCUGCGAGGAAGAUGAGCUGGUCAGGGACAGCCCCGCUCUGAAGGCAGUGUCUCGCUACCUGCGGUGCCUGUCACAGGUCAUCAGCUGGGGUAUCACCCUGCUGCUGAUCAUCGUGACCUUCCUGGCCUGCUGUUUGAGGCCCUGCUUCGACCAGACAGUCCUCAUGCAGCGCAGAUACGGGAGCAACUACGUGGACCUGGAGCAGAAGCUCUUCGACGAGACAUGCUGUGAGCACGCGCGGGACUUCGCACACCGCUGCGUGCUGCACUUCCUCGCCAGCAUGCAGAGCGAGACGUGGGCGCGGGGGCUGCACCGGACCUCCGCGGGCAGGGGUCCGGAGACCCCUGAGGUGCCCGAGCCCUGCGAGGGCCUGGACGGUGGAAGCGGGAAAGCCCACCUGUGCGCAGUCUUCAGUCAGGAGAAGGUGGACCACCUCCUGAGCACCUGGUACUCCAGCAAACCACCACCUGACCUCACGGCAUCUCCUGGACUCUGGGGGGGUGGCACCAGGCCGCCCCAGCACACCGACGUGUAA